AUGAUUGACAUGUAUACCGAUUUCAUCUUUGCUUAUCCAGCGAUUGAAAGCCUUCGCUCUCACAUUCAUGAUAACGUCCAAUCGACCACGUUUCAUUAUGUGUUUGGAUUAGACGUGGGAUCGCUGUUAUUAACCUCCCCUCCCCCUUGGUAUAUAGGUCCUGGUCAUGCAGAUGAUCUAAUAUGUUUAUUUCCUUCUAUUCCUCUUUCUGGGCAUGAGGAGUACAUUUGUUCUGUUAUGCGGAGAUACUGGAUAAACUUUUCAAAAACUGGUAAUCCUAAUGGUCCAUCUCUACCACUCUGGCCGACGUACGACGCCUCUAAUCAGGCUUAUUUAGCAUUAGAUGACAAUCCGAUAGCAAGGAUGAGAUUUGAGGAGAGACGCGUCAAAAUUUGGAUGGAAGACAUACCAAGAAUUGCUGAAAGCACAACCGUCUUCAAUACGGUGGUUCAAACUCCUGUAGGCCAAAUCCGGGGAAUAGAAAGAGUUCUACCAGAGAAACCAAACACAAAAGUGCUAGUAUUUUAUAACAUUCCGUUUGCCAAGCCGCCUGUGGGGGAUUUGAGAUUUGGUAAACCUGUACCUUACGGUAGAUUUGACAAUACGUACGAUGCAACAACACUUGGUAGCGCUUGUAUACAGUCAGCAGUUUAUACAGACAUUGAAGAGUAUAGUGAAGAUUGUUUACAGCUUAAUAUAUAUGUACCUCACGAUAUAUCUACAUCCAGCAAGAAAUCCGUGAUGGUGUGGAUUCAUGGAGGUGGAUUUGCGCAGGGAUCCGCCGUUCAAAAUGACGGAUCAACCUUGGCUAUCAAAGGAAAUGUUAUUGUGGUUACUGUAAAUUAUCGUCUUGGAGUGUUUGGUUUCUUCAGUUUAAAUGACGCUGCGUCGAAGGGUAAUUAUGGCAUAUGGGAUCAAAUUCUAGCUUUACAAUGGGUGAAAGACAAUAUUGCAUCCUUUGGCGGAAAUCCAGACUCCAUAACAUUAUUUGGUGAAUCCGCUGGGGGUUACAGUGUAUCUCUUCUUUCUCUUAUACCACAAAAUCACGGACUUUUCCAUAAAGUUAUAGCUCAAAGCGGAACAGCUUUCUCUCCUGUGGCUUUUGGCGAUUCUCGUUCUGCAACAAUCGAAGUUGGCAAAUUAUCUCAAUGUGAACAUAAUUCUGAUAGUGUGAAAUUUAUCAGAUGCAUGCGUAAUGUAUCUGCAGAGGACAUAUUAAAGCAUUACUUGACUUUCAUAACCAGUAAUCCUUCACAACUAUCCCCCCAUAUUGAUUUCAUGCCAUGCAUUGACAAUGAAUUGUUUCGACAAACACCGUCCGAAAUUCUUAAAAACACUUCGUCUCAAGGGUUUAAGUUCUUUUCCUCUCUAGAUCUGCUUUCGGGAGUAAUGAAACAGGAAGGAUCUGUUCUCUUUAACCACAUUACUCCCAACAUCGAGAAAAAAUACAACUUUGACUUGAGUGUUGGCAUACCAACUGAAUUCGUUUGUAACUUUUAUAUUCCCGCCUUUUUAUUUAUCCACCUCUCUGGAAACCGACUGUUCAUGAAAUCUGCAAUAUGCGACAAAUACAGGGAUAUUCGAUCUCAGGCACAGCAGGCAAAACUAGCGAUGGACUUCCUUGCAGACGUAAUGUAUAUCGUACCAAUGGUCAAAGUGCUGGACGCUCAUAGCGCUGAUAACAUAUACUCCAGAACGUUCCAGUACCUUGUAACUAAAGACUAUCCUUAUCCAUCCCACACGUAUCCCAGCUGGUUGGAAGGUCCAGCUCACGGGGAUAACGUUGGUUUUAUAUUCCAAUACUACAUUCCUCCCAAGGAUGGUGUGCAAGACUAUUUAGCAGUGUCUGAUAAAAUGAUUGCUUACUGGAGUAAUUUCGCAAAGAAUGGUGACCCCAAUGACAACUCUCUGGUGAGAUGGCCAGCCUACAAUCCUGAAAGUAGAGGCUUUAUAAUACUGGACACGGACAUCAAACCCGACCUAAAAUACACCGACUCCAGGAUCAAGUUUUGGGUAGAAGAAUUGCCUGACAUAUUGACCAACAAACCCGCUACCACGCCUGAGAUAAACGUAAGAGACAACUCAGCAGCGGACCUUGAAUACAGUUUUAGAAGCUUCAUUUCUAUAGCUAUUUUACAAUUUCUUCGAACGCUGAUAUUGUGAUAAGGCGGAUAAGUCAGAACUUACUCUCUGCACUAGAUCCGCAGUGUUUGAGAAUGUCGAGAUGACGUGUAAUUGAUCAGUAUCAACAUUAGUCAUUGAUUUGUACGUUUUCUAUAAAUGCGUGACAAUAUCAAUAGUCUUCCUUUUCCACUAUCAUAUCUGCAUUUCAUACACUAUACACAUUUUUCCAUCUAGACUACGCAUAUGUCUAUCUAUUUAUCGAUCGAUCUAUCUAUCUGAAAUACGUUAACAUCAUUAUCAAUAUCAACAUAUAUAUGGUAUGUAUUCUAUAUAUUGUAUAUCACUUGCCUGCGUAUAUGUACAUACAUUUCUUAUCAUUAUACUAUACUGACCAUUGUCCUGUUUUGGAAGAAGGCUUAUGUGGAUAUCUUUUGUCUAAUCCUAAAAUGUUAUAUAUAAUAAAAUAUGUCUUAAUCAAA